CGGCCGUGCCUCCGCGCGGGCGCGCGGGCAUGCCGACACCCACUCGGCCGGUCCCGGCGUCCCGGCUCCCGGAAGCGGAAGGGGAGCGCGGCCCGGCCUGGGCGGCGGAGGCGCGGAGCCGAGUGGAGAGCUGCGGCGCGGGCGGCGGUACUUUCAGGGAACUGUUAAUGACGGGAGGCCCAUAUGAUGAAAUAAGUAAAUAAAGAAAUAAAUAAAAGAAUGACUCAAGAAGAUACUACUUCUCAAUGCAAGUGACAGACAAAGUACAGCUCAUCUCAGUGAAUCUGCAAGUUGGAGUUGGGAGUUUCUAAGGAUGAGAGAAGAGGUUGUCUUCCUGUGGGUUGGCAGGCAGUUCUAGGACUGCAGGAUGGGUCUUCGGAUUCACUUUGUUGUUGACCCACAUGGUUGGUGCUGCAUGGGUUUGAUUGUCUUUGUCUGGUUAUACAAUAUUGUUUUAAUUCCCAAAAUUGUCCUCUUUCCUCACUAUGAAGAAGGACAUAUUCCAGGCAUUUUAAUAAUAAUAUUCUAUGGCAUUUCCAUAUUCUGUCUGGUUGCCUUAGUGAGGGCCUCCUUAACUGAUCCUGGAAGACUCCCUGAAAACCCCAAGAUCCCACAUGCAGAACGGGAGCUCUGGGAGCUGUGCAACAAGUGUAAUCUGAUGAGGCCAAAGCGUUCCCAUCACUGCAGCCGCUGUGGCCACUGUGUGAGGAGGAUGGACCACCACUGUCCUUGGAUAAACAACUGUGUGGGUGAGGACAACCACUGGCUCUUCCUGCAGCUCUGCUUCUACACCGAACUGCUCACGUGCUACGCACUGAUGUUUUCUUUCUGCCACUAUUACUACUUCCUUCCGCUGAAAAAGCGUAAUUUGGACCUCUUUGUUGUUCGGCAUGAGCUGGCUAUCAUGAGACUAGCUGCCUUUAUGGGCAUUACUAUGUUAGUUGGAAUAACAGGACUCUUUUAUACACAACUGAUUGGCAUCAUCACAGAUACAACAUCUAUUGAAAAGAUGUCAAACUGUUGUGAAGAAAUAUCGCGGCCCCGGAAGCCAUGGCAGCAGACCUUCUCAGAGGUUUUUGGCACUCGUUGGAAGAUCCUGUGGUUCAUUCCUUUCAGGCAGAGGCAACCACUGCGCGUUCCCUACCACUUUGCCAAUCAUGUCUAACAGAUGGAUGGUGGGCACAGAUGGGUCCUCCAUGCUGGAAAUGCGUUACAGGUUUUAUGAGAAUAGAACUAUGACAGUCUUCAAGUCAAUUAAAAUCCACCCACCAAUCUUAGGCAUCAUAAUGUGCCCCAGGCUUUAUUUUAAUAGUGAUCUUGAUCCUGUUGUGGGACUAAUACAAGAUCUAUAUUUAAGUUUUAAAAGCAUGUUUACUUUCAAAUUAGCCUUCCAGUAGGAUUUCUUUAAAUGCUUUUGUUACUAAACUCAAAAGGCAGUGAUUCGGAUGAAAUAAUUGUACAUAAAUUUCCUUCAGUACUCACAGUAUCUUAAAUUUUAAUUUAUAGGAAAUUUGAGAUGUUUAAUGUUUACCUUUAAGCAGUACUAACCAAAUUUGAAUUUAAUUCUUCAGGUUUACAAAACUUGGUACACUUUCUUAUGUGUAAAUUUUCUUUUUUGAAUAUGUUUCAAUGCUUUUUACUACUUCCUUUUACAGUGCUGCAGGGUUUUAACAUGCAGCGUUGGGUGAACAGCAAAGGACAGUGCUGGCCUAGGAGCAGCUCUCUGAGCCUUCCUUCUUUCCUGCUCAUCAGAGGCGAAGGAAGGUGCACGAGUAAUGCGCCAACUGCUACCUUAUUAGAAAUGAGAACCUCACUGUCGCUUCCGCUGCGGUAGUGAUUGUUACAGGAUGUUUGCUCCCGGGAAAAUUAGUGACCAGUCAGGCAUCUAGUCCUGUUUUCCCCUAGGAUUCUAAAGACUGAAAAGAAUAGGAAGUUUGCAAUAAUUCCAGUUACUUCUUCAAGUGCAGUUAUAUCAGAAUGCAGAUGUUUUAAAAUGCUAAUAUAACUGGAUGGUGUGUAAUACACAGUAUACAAAGGAAUACUGUGUUUUAAAGUAUGUAUAUUUUUACUUACCUGCCAGUAGAUCUCACUGUACACAUUGAUGGUUUAUAUAUUAUAUAAUAGUUACUGGCCAACUCAGAUCAAAGUUUAAAAGUAGGUCAUUAACUUUAUAUAUCAGUAAUCACCCAGGUUGAAAUUGAAUUUCCCUUGCCCAGUUGUGAUUUACAUCACUCUAGAGACCUUUUAUUAAUAGCUGAUGCCAAGAAAUUAUCUUAAAGAAGAAUGGUCCAUGGUAGUGAUGGUCCUUGACAUGGAGCCUUUUUGUAUUUGAAGACAUUUUUGUAUAAUUUAAUUUUUUCAUUUAGAACACUGCAAAUCCAUAUGUUUGAAAAGUGUGUGUGCUAGUGAUCUUUCCCCUGAAAAUAAUAGUGAAGAAAGCUACUACUCCUGAACCAUAUACAUACUUUUCCUAAGGUUGUUGUAAAGUAUAGAAUCAUAGCUGGGAAAUGCUGAGACAGAGAUCAUUAUUGUUAGCCAGUCAACUGUACUGUGGCUAGUUCUUUCAGAUACUGUAAAUGUCUUAUAAAAUAUUCUGAAGUAAUAGAAUAAGCUCUUUUCAGAAAUAUUAAUGCCAUAUUUUCAUGUUCUAAUUAUGUUUAUUAUUUAAAGUCUUAGAAGUGGCAGAUGAAAAUAUUUAUUGGUGCUAAGACAUUUAGUAAGUUUAAUAUAAGAAACAUUUAUAAAGGUUAGGAAACAUAAAAUUAGUGUGUUUAUUUUAAGAAAAGGGGUUGGAUUUUGUGCAAGCUGAUUGACUAAAUUGGCUGAUGACAGAUUCUAAAAGGAAGUGGUGUAUAUAUAAUGUAGGGAGAUACAAAUUGAUGCCUUCAGCUGUAUAUAUUCUAUUCACAUAAGACCUGGAGCAUCCAUAGCAGAGCCAAAUAAAGGCCUGGUAUGGAGCUUUAUAGACUUGCUUAUAUUCUGGAGUAGCAGUAGCUCUGACACAAGGUAAUGGGAAUGGUCUCUUUCCCAUGCUGAGGAUUUGUGGGUAUGGUUUUCUUAGGUUUACCACUUCUAGGGCACAUUCUCUUCCCUUUGUCUUUACUCUCCCGGGUCCUGAUCCUCUCCACAGUUUGAGUCAUUGGACUACAAACUAAUGCACUAGUUUGAGCUACAGAAAUGCUACUGUCAAUGUAUUUACAUAAUCUAUAUUGCAGUAUAUCUAUAUAUACUUAUGCAGUAUUGUCAAAUGUAUGUCUAACCCCACGAGGGGUUUGUAAUCACUGUUGGAUUCCUGGAGAAACGCCUAUUGGCCAUUUCCUAGGGAUUAAGCUCCUAUGUUCUUUCUGCGCCCUCUUUUGGCUAAUUGAUGUAAUUAUAGUGGCUCUAGGCUUUCACUCUCCCAUUAGUGGGUUGUAUCUCCAAUCUGUGAACAUGUCAGAGGUACACACUUAUGGGAAUAUAUGUAGAAAAGUGUAAAAUUUUAUGAAAAUUGAAAAUGAAUGUGUUAAUGUUGGUGAUGCUCCUUCUAGGUAAAUUGCUUGGCUUCAUGUAUGUGUAUUCUUGUACACUUUACUGUCAAUCACAAAUUUAGGUUAGGAUAAGCUAUUUCAUAUUUUACUUUAAACCUUAUUUUGGUAAUUUAAUUUGUUAUCAUUAUGAAGACUUACUUUAAAAUUACUAUUUUAUUACAGAACAAAACAUUUAUUACAAUUGCUGUGGCAACCAUGUUAUCCAAUGUGUUUUACUGAAUAUCAAAAAAAUACAUUUAAUUUUUCAGUUCAGUUUUGGAAUGGUCUCACACAUACACAGACUCAAUUGCCUUAAAAUAAUUAAUAAUUGAUUAAUAAUACUAUUUUUUCUUUGCUUUUUAAGAAACCUUCUCAGUCAGUUAAGCCUGUAGAUUCCAUAGUCGCCUCCCUUGUCUCUCUGAAUAGCCCUGGGAAUGACUGCAUGUGUGGCGUGCUGGAAAGCACCUAGCAGUGAGAUUGCCUUUCAGUCUGUAUAUUAUGUUGAAGUAUUUGUUUAUAAGUUCCCAUUUAAGUUUAGCAAAAUGUGUGUUAAAUGAUAUUUUACAUUAGCAGAAUCAUUUCUUGGGCUUCUGGAGUUAAAAUAUUAUUACUGGGCUGCAGUUACACUUGGCAAACAAUUAGGGAUGGGCCUGCAAGGUGACUCAGCACAGAAAGACUUUUGCUGUGCAAGACUGGUGACCAGAUUGUUUCCAGAACCCAUUUAAAGGUGAAGGUGAAGAAAAAACAACAACAAAAAAAACCCAACCUGACUCCACAGAGCUGUUCUCUGACCUCUAGAAACAUGCUUGGCACACAGGCUCCUCCCCAGCAUCAUGCAUUCGCGCUCUCUCUCGCGCUCUCUCUCUCUCCCUCUCUCUCUCUCUCUCUCUCUCUCUCUCUCUCUCUCUCUCUCUCUCUCUCACACACACGCACACGCACACGCACACACACACACACACACAAUCUUUAAAACUUUAAUUGGAUAAGUUUAAUGUAGGCAACAAUGGACUUAGUUCAGAGUCUCCUAAACAUUAAUUGCUCUAUUAAAGAGUCUUGGUACUUUGUAACCAGACUUGUUUCAAAUUACUACGCUAGCUGAUGUUACAUGAAAAUAAAAACACUAUUUUGUUUAAAAAUUGUUUUAAAAUAUUUUAGUUAACAUGAAAGAGCCAUUUACAAUUGUAGCUAACAUAGUAACUCUGUUUCAGAAGACAGUUUACUUAAUAGUAAUAAAGUAGGGGCUGGGUGUACCUCAGUGAUGGUGCACAAGAGGCCCUGGUUCAGGACCAGGAGGAGAAAGGGAGAGAUGUAGAGGAAGUGAGGCAGCCAUCUCAGCUAACACUGGACCAUCUCCCUAAUGCGGAGAGGUGGCUCCGGUAAGGGUGGUAGCUCAUUCUAACCAGUCUUAAUCGACUUCAAGUUACUUCCAAACAAGUAACUGUUUUGUGUGAAGGAUGUGUUAAUCCUAAACACUAAUCACAAAGAUCCAAAUUAUGAGCACACUUCCAAACAGGAAGUACCAAUGAAUUUAGAUGAAAGCCACAUAGUUUCCUAUGUUAGAUCAUAGGUAGUUUGAAUGUUCUUACAUGCAUUGCUAAAAAAUCACAGCCUGUCUUGUAGUGACUUAAUAUGACACUAAUAUUCAUUCACAUUUGCUAAUUUUUGUCUAGACUGUCUGUUCUCUGGCUAGUUAGUUCUCUUGUAUGUCACGUGUCCGAUAACCUAGCUACAGUUCACUAAACUAUAGAAGUUCAUUAUGUAAAUUUUGACAUGAACUCUACUACAUGGAUAUAUUGGGAAUUUAUUACAAGCAUUAUAUAUUUACUAAUAGUUAAAACAUUAGACUUUCAUCCACCUCUAUUAAUGCUUUGAAAAUUACAAGUAUUGGCAAAUGUAGUUAGUAAGUCCUAUAAACUUAGUGUGUUCUACUUGCUAGUAUUAUUGACCAUAUAGUUAACUAAUGAGUGAGUAUAUGAUUCAGUACCCACAUCUGUUGCCUUCUGUUGUAGGUACCAUGCUCAGAAUUUACCUACACAUACAGAUUUUAGGAUAGUUAUGUUUAGCUGUUCUUAGAUCCUACUAUUCUCUAUAGCAGAUGUGGGGAAAGAUUAGAACUGUUUACUUGAAGUAUUUUAUACCAGUAUUGUCAUUGACUGUAGGAACUAAUAUUUAGCAUUUAUGCUGCCUUUGUGAUGGUUUAACCUCAAGAAGUGACUUUUCUCACUUCCAUUAUCUUUCUGCUUUUUUUUUUUAAAACAAAAUUUAUUUUUAAAAGCCAUUUUGUUAAAACCAAAUAACAUUUUUAUCAGUUCUUUAGAUGUGGCAAUAUUAUCUGCUAGUGAUAAUUUGGAACAAAUUAUUAUUAUUAUUUGAAGACAGUUUUUCACUGGCUUUGAACUCAGAAUCCUUCUACCUUCGCCUCCCAAGUUCUGGGGUUACAGUCAUAUGCUGCUGUGUUUGGCUUCAUGCUUAACAUUCUUGAGUCAUUGGUAUUACUGAUGUCAUUACUUUUACUAUAUUGUUGUUUUUCCUCCUCGUGUACCCUAGAGUUCAGGUACCAAUGAGCAUCGAAUAGCCAAAAAUUGGAUAAAGAAAGUAGGAGCAUUAGUAGGAUGGAGAGAAGGCUGAAUGGACAUGAAUAAUCGGCCUCGCUGCAAAAGAGUUGACUGGGCCUGGGCCUGGGAUACCAGAGACUCCCCUUGCCAUCUCCUCAUCUCUGGCUAGCACCAUUUACUGUAAGAGUCGUUUGUUCUGGAAAGCAUUUGCUCCGAGUUAUUUCAUCUCCACUUAUAUUGCUCUUUCUCUUCAGCUGGCCAGAUGCUCUUGAGAGAUGGUUUUUAAUGUUAGAGAAUUGUGUAGGAUAUUUUAACCUGCAUCGUUUUUAACAUGCACAUGUUAAAAUAACAUGGAAGUGCAGCUGUGUGAUACAGAGGAGAAAUCAUAGGUUGCCUGAAGUUUGAGAAAACUGGAACCUAUUUUAGCAGUCUCUUAGGGCAAAAAAGAACACUGAGUCACCAGAGAAAAUCAACAGUUUAGGUAUGAAGGAUGGUUUACACUUUAAAGAUUGGGGUCUUCUGCUGUUCUUAAGACCCUGGAGGUCUUCAUUUCUGUUGGCAUUUUUAAUUCAUUGCCGUGUGUGUGUGUGUGUGUGUGUGUGUGUGUGUGUGUGUGUGCGCGCUGGUAGUGCUUCCCACACUUGCUCAACUGUAUAAUUAACUAAUUACACACAUAUUAACAUAUUUUUCAUCUCAGAAGCUUUAUAUGUAAAGAUGUGGCCCGAACUGCCAUAACCAGACCAUCUCCUUUUGUAGCUUUGCUUGCCCAUUUCACUCAGCACGGUGUCUGAUCGUUUGUAGGCUGUCAGUUAAGAGGGAAGAUUGUGUGCGUACUGUGAGCUUUGUGUCCAAGCCAGUGUGGAUGGUUGGUGUUUUAACCUCCUGGUGCCUGAAACUUGUGUUUUACAACCUGGGCAACUAAAACAUCCUGGUGCUAUUCACUUUAGCUUUGAGUUACAGUUUUAAUUCUUGAACCAAAGAGUUAAUUUUCUUUUUGGUUGGCUGGAAGUUAGCUUCUCACAUCUAUGUCUGAAGAAGUGAACAGUUGAUGGAGCUUACUUUCUCUGUGUACUGGCUUGGCAGAGUCAGUUGAAAAUUAUAGUUAUUUAGACUUAGUUUUCAUUCUGUUAUGCAGAGUGGUGUGGGUUUUAAUUUUGUAUUUUAAUAUAGUGUGGCUACUUUAUAAGGUCUUUUACUAGCUGAAGCUACUAAAAUUAUUGAAUCACUUUUCCCCUUGGUUUCACUUUGGCAGAGAAGAAAAACAUUAUUUCUAUAAGCAAAGUAUUCUAUUAGACACCAUUUUUAAUUACAAGUCAAGAAUUUAGCAUUUCUCUCUAUGUGGGUAUAAUCCUUAAUGGCUUAAAGAGUGGUAUAGGUAUUUGCCUAUUUUUGAAAAUAAGAUGAAAUUAAAGGACACUUUAAAAAAAAUAUAAACCAUAUACACACUUUCCCAAUAGGAAAUGCAAAAGUACCUUGAUUUGAGCAAACAUCAACUUCUUGAACAGAAGUUGAACUUUACAAUAGAAGCAGUCUGGCUGCUGCUGCUUACAUGGAAAUUAGAGUAAGAUUGUUUUACAAACAGAUUUUUUUUUUAGUGAUUCAUUUCACAUGACUGGCAGAACACAGUCCUACGGAUGGACUUUUCUGGAGGUAAUACUGCUACAUGUGGUUGGCGUCCCUGUUCUUCCCCAGAAGCUCUACAGACACUCAUCAUGUCUCCUUAAAACUGAAGCUGAGUGACUGACGGACUCAGGCCAGGAAGUGACAGAGCAGGCUGCUGGGAAAGUCGACAGUCUCACUGACAUCGCUCUGUUGUUUCCAUCGGCUUCAGUCUGUGUCUCCUUAAUGUUGAUCCAGUAUGUGGUUUGGCAGUGAAUUCCGAAUGGAAAAAAGAAUCAAGUCUAAAACUUGAGAGGUGAUGAACUCAUGUGCAUGAAGUAUGUCCAGAUGAGCAGAUAAGAGAGGGAGCAGGCACUGGGUGGGGAGGGCGGCGGGGAGGGCAGCACUGUGUCCGCUUGUGAGUUGUGUCGCCACUGGAUUGGCCCAUAAUAAUCCUACUCCUUGUCCAUUGUUCAAAAGGCAGAAUGUAGUAAUUUUUCCCAAGUUGUAGAUAGGAACAAAUUUACCACUGCUUUCUGUGUCUUGGUGUGAUUAUUAAAAAGCAAAGAAAAAAUUAAUAUAGAUAGAAAAAAAUCAACUGAAG